AUGAAAAGCACACCUCUGAUUAUCAAUUGGCAUGACCAGAACGCCCCAGUCUAUUCCGCACAUUUCGAGCAGUCAGGCAAGGGGCGGCUGGCUACGGCUGGAGGGGACAACAACGUCAGGAUAUGGAAAGUCGAGGGCAACGGCGAGGAUCGCAAGGUCGAGUACCUGUCCACCUUGUCCAAGCACACACAGGCAGUCAACGUUGUACGAUGGUCACCCAAGGGAGAUAUGCUCGCAUCCGCGGGUGACGACGGCAAUGUUAUCCUCUGGGUGCCCGCCGAGCACCAUACCGGUCCAGCAUUCGGCAACGAGGGCCUCGAAGACAAGGAGACAUGGCGAACCAAACACAUGUGCCGCUCGAGUGGCUCUGAGAUAUACGACUUGGCAUGGUCGCCCGAUGGUACAUACUUCAUCAUCGGCAGCAUGGACAACAUCACGCGCAUCUACAACGCCAGCUCCGGCGUCUUGAUCCGUCAAAUCGCCGAGCAUAGCCACUACGUGCAAGGCGUGACGUGGGACCCCUUGAACGAGUUCGUCGCCACACAGUCGUCAGAUCGAUCCGUUCACGUCUAUUCUCUCAAAACGAAAGACGGACAGUACACUUUGAGCGGUUCACACGACGACAAACCAUCCAAGAUCGCGAGCCACAACAAGAGUGAACUGCCGCCACGGCGCAUAUCAUCCAGCAGUCCGGCGCCUCCUGAGUUCGGCUUCCGCUCCACCUACCUGGCCGUGGAUGGCACUGCUGGCUCACCCGUGCCGUCCGCUCCCGGAACGCCGACCUCCAUUGCGCUUCCUAUGAACCCGCCCAGUGUCAUCAGCCACAGCCGGCGAUCUUCCUUCUCUUCCUCGGCAAGGAGGUCCCCCUCCCCCGCACCGUCCAUGCCUCUGCCGGGCCGUCAUGCCGAUGGAACCGUCUCCAAAGCCACAUGCCUCUGCGAACCCGAGUCAUGGUACCAAGAAACGCCAGCCUGGCAGUAUCAAAGCCAGCACGUCGCUGACGCCAAAUCUACCUACGAAGUUACGAACACCGUCUACAUCUACAGCAGGGGCGGCAUCAACAAGGCGCCGGUUGCCCAUCUGCCAGGCCACAAGAAGCCGUCGGUGGUCGUCAAGUGCUCACCCAUCUUUUACACCAUGCGAACGGCGCCUGUAGUAACGAAAAACAUCACCAUUGACACGUCGUCGGCAGAAGAACCUAUUCCAGCUUUGCCAGAGCCCGUUUCCAAUCAGUCUCCCGGGUCAUCCGUCAUGGACCCGCCGCCGCCACCUGGGUCAUCCUCAGAACAGCAGGCGUCGAGUGCGACACAGGUCAGGCCGAGCACAGAAAGCCCUGUAGCAGCACCUGGGCCGAAGGCUGCCUUCGCCCUGCCUUAUCGUAUGAUUUACGCCGUCGGCACACAAGACUCCGUCCUGCUCUAUGAUACACAGCAACAGACGCCCAUCUGUGUCGUCAGUAACCUUCACUUGGCGACAUUCACAGAUUUGGCCUGGUCAAGUGACGGUCUGACGCUGCUCAUCACUUCAUCUGACGGAUUUUGUUCAACUCUCUCCUUUUCCCCUGGGGAGCUCGGCCAAGUUUAUCAGGGCGAGGUGCCGACGGCGAAGAAUCCUGUGCUCGGCGCCACUCCUUCCUCGAACCAGAACACACCCGUGCCGACGCCUACCUCGGUCUUCGCUCCACCAUCACCUUUCCCCAAUAAUGGUCUGCCACAACAGCAGCGGACUCCGGCGGGCGCAAUGACAGCGCCAUCACCGCCAUCCCAUGCAGGCUUUGCCAAUCCUCCUCCUCAGUCACCCGCUCGGUCAAACUCGACAUCGUCCGUCGCCACGCAGUCGUCUGCGGCGCAACCAGGAGUCACGACGAAUCCAUCCCUGAUCGUUGGUAGUAUGCCCAGUAUCACAGCCACCAACUCGGGUAAGAUUACAGGGGUGCCGCUGACGACGCCGCCCGAAACCCCCAGCACAGCUGCCACGCAGCCCAGUGGUGUCAAGCGGGAAGCCAGCGACGGGGACAAGGACGGAAGCCAGCCCAAGAAGAGACGAAUCGCCCCCACGCUUGUUGAAGAGAAGAAGCCUUGA